UAAAAGAGAAAGUAGACUACAGAGUCGAAGUAUUUUUAAGUUUUUAGUGUAAGCUUAGCGCUGUUUAAAGACAAUGAAGCCUAUAUACAAUCCAGGAAAGGGGGUUAGGACAGAUUAUGAAGCCCUAUUAAAACGGUUUACAGAAACGGACUCCGUUAGAUAUGAAGAAUUCUCUACAAUUUGGAGAGACAUGAAAUUUUCCCAGAUUUACGCAGGGCGCCAAGAUGAAGGAGAAUUACAGGACUUCAUAGACGAGUGUUUAAAGAUUGCAUUAAAAUUUUAUUUACCUCCAUACAGUUUUCAGAUUCGAGUCGGUGCUUUGUAUAUCUUGUUUGGAAUAUACACUAUACAACCAACCAUUAGAAAGCGAAAAAUUCGCGUUACCUCAGACACUUGGAUUCAAAUAUUGGAAUUCCAGAAUGAAGCUCAUUCACAAGAACAUUUAGAUGUUGAAUUUAUUUUUCAUAAGUUGAGGUACUUUGACGCAUUUGAAUUUUGUGCAACAGAAUCCCAUGUGUACCCUAAUAAGAGUGAUACUGUCGUGGAUGAUGCUUCCACUCGUGAGGAAUUUAAAGAGGAGCAGAGCAUGCUGUACGAUUUGUUCUCCACCGACGUCUUAGAACAGUUGGCAGCGGUCCAUCAACAUUAUCAUCACAUGAAGGUUGCCAUGGAGAACCAUAAAAAUAUUGCCCGUGGCGAGAAUGAGACAGAUAUGCCUGCUAAAUCCUUGGAUGUUAUUCAGCAGGACUUAGUACCAAGCAUUACAAAAGCUCUAAUUACCUAUCAGGAUAAAAGAAAAGCUUCCCUCCACCCACGAAAACACGCCCCAGAGACGGAGUCGGAUGGUGAGCGUGAUGAGGACUAUUCUGUGUUUUUGCGUUUAGGAGAAGGGACAUCUCGACAGUCUUCUGUGAAGUCUAGAGCAUAUAAAAAGCUGGCAAAACCUAGCAGGUCAAGGAGACACAGACAAACUCAAGAAGAUAUCAGUGAAACAGAGGAAAGUCCACAGAAAAGGAGGAAGAAGACAUAUGGAGUUGUACAAAGCAGAAAACAAGAGUUAGACCACGAAAGCAGCCAGAAUGAAGAUGAAGAAGAAAUCAAAGAUGAAUCUUUGAAUGACAAUGAAGAUGCUGGCAGUUUCUUACUGAGCAUGCCCACCUUAACAGAGGAAGAGCCAAGCAACACAGCCAAGCAUGGAAAGUCAGCGAAAAAAGGGAAAACAACAAAAGGAGGGAAAUCCAAAAAGUCCAGACCCAGACCUCAAAUGACAGCCGAGUUAGAGAGAAGGGAAAACGUUCAGCAAUCAAAGUUCAAGGUCAAGUUUAAGGAGAGAAAAGGACCAGGCAGACCAAAAAAGGCACAGAUAAGGAAUAGUCUUCAAUAGCUACCUAUUUAACUAUACAUAGUGACCAAACGCAGAGGCCAGGUGCAAAGGAGAUGCAAUAAAUGUCAAUCAGUAAUGAAGUCCUAUUGCUGAGAUGUAACAUCUUUUUGUAAAGGUUAAACUUCAUAUUUUUAUUGUGUUUUAGAAUGAUAUUUAAAGUGAAAUACAUGAUGUAUUUGCAUUCAAAAAUAUCCAUACACAAUAAAAG